GUUCUUCUCUACUCUGCCCCAGCAUCACCUCUAAGGACUCCCAUUUACAGUGUUGGUCAUCCCGCAAAAAUAUGAUCAGUUUAAAUAAAAUUGAUGAAAUACGCAAGAAAAGCAUCUUAAUUGAAAAUGGAAAUCCUGCUCGAUACCGUCUGCAAAAAAAUGCAGACAAUUUGGAUCAUCCUGAACCAUAUAGAAAAAUCACCUUUGGGAAAAGAGACAGACAGAAACCCCAUAAAAUCAUUCUGAUGGUGGGAGAAACAGGAACAGGAAAAACAACCCUGAUCAAUGCGAUGAUCAACUACAUGUUAGAUGUUCAGAGAGAAGACAAGAUUUGGUUUGAGAUCACAGAUGAUCAGAGUGACCGAACAUCAGUUCACAGUCAGACCUCCAGCGUCACUGUUUAUGGGUUUUAUCUACAAGAGAGUCCAAUCCAUUUAACAAUCAUUGACACUCCAGGAUAUGGAGACACUCGUGGAAUUGAUCUUGAAAAAAAGAUCACCAAGAGUUUGCUCAGUUUAAGUAAAUCUGCUGAAGUGAUCCAUGAAAUACAUGCAGUGUGUCUGGUGAUUAAAGCAACACAGAAUCGACUCUCUGACAGACAAAUAUACAUAUUUGAUGCUGUUCAGUCUUUAUUCGGAAGAGAUAUUGCUGAAAACAUUGUCUUGCUCUUCACAUACUCAGAUGGAGCUCGACCUAAAAAUGCCCUGACGGCUGUUAAAGAGGCUAAAAUCAAGUGUGCAGAGAAUGACAAGAAUCAGCCAGUGUAUUUCCGGUUUAACAACUGUCAGUCAAAAGCUGAUGAAGAUGAUGAUGAAGAUGAGGAAGACCGUGAACAGAGGCUGAAUCAAUCAUGGAAUCUCAGUUUUAAAGGAAUGAUGCAAUUAUUCAAGUUUCUUGACACAAUACAACCAAAAUCCCUAAAGAUGACCCGAGAUGUGUUGCAGAAACGGAAGCAGUUGGAGGCAAAUAUUUCCAAUCUAAAAGCACGUGUUCAAACGACAGAACUAAAGCAAAAUGAGCUGAAACAAACUCAAGAGGCUCUGGAGAAGAACAAGGAACCUGCAAACUUUAAAUAUGAAGUUGAAGUGCCCUACAAAGAAUGGGUUGAUAUUGAUACUUCUGUAGCCAAAGCAGCGAUGUGCUGCACCGUCUGUGAGGAGAACUGUCAUUAUCCAGGAUGCUGGUGGACCAGUGAUCUUUCAUGGUGCAGUUCAAUGAGAAAUAAUCACUGUACAGUAUGUACAAAUAAAUGCCACUUCAGCAAACACAUCAAAGCAGCGAAAAUAUAUGUAACAAAGACAAAGAAAGAGAAGAGAACAUAUGAAGAUUUACAGAAGAAAUAUGAUGGUAAGAUUGGAGACGGCAAGUGUGUGGUCAAGAUGCUGGAAGAAGAACUGCAAGAAUUCAGAGAAAGAGAAAAUAAAGCUGGUGAAUGA